AUGCACUUGAUUUACCAUCAAUCAGUACCUAUAUUGCCAGUAUCAAGUAAAAAACGUCGUGUUCAUUGUGUUAAUACAACAAUAACAUCAACGAAAAAAUCUUUAAAUAUACCAAAUAAAAUUUUAUUAACAGCAAUUAAAAAUAAUAAAAUAUUUCAUAAUCAAACAGAUGUUAAUGUUAAUAAUAAUGGUACAAGUGAAACAAAUACAAUAAUAACAAAUGGUAAAAGAAUUUUUAAUGUACUUGGUUAUGGUUCAACAUUACAAAAAGCACAAAUGCAAUCAGUACUUGCAUGUGAAUAUAUUAAACAACAAGUUAAUAUUGAUGAUCUAUUAUUUAAAUCUGAUAUUGGUGUUGAUGCUAUUGAAUGGUAUAAAACUCAUGCUGAUCGUCAUCAUUCAUUGACCGGUGGUUUAACAAAUGGUAAAAAGAAGAAAAUAAAAAAGAAAUCUAUUAUUACAAUGGGAAAUAAAAAUCAUAAUUUAGCAAUCCGUCGUCGAAAUACGAAAAAUUCCGAACAAGAAAAAGAUAACGAGAACGAGCAGGUCGAAACAACAGAUGAAGAUGAUGAUGAUGAUGAUGAUGAAAAUGAACCAAUGGAUUUUGAACGUGCGUUUGGUUCAAUAUCCGAUGUACCAAAAUUAGAACAUAUGGAUAUUCAUCAAAAUAAUGGCAAUUUUGAUGAUCUUAAUAUGCGUGAAGAUGAAUUCUAUUUUGAUCUUACUGCGAAAGUGGAUUUAAACAAUUAUCAACAACCUGUUCUUGUAUCAUCGACAAUUAAUUUAAAUCCAUUAGCUGCUUUAUUUAAUUUGAAUGAUGGCGAUAUGAAUGAUAGUCAAACUGUAUUUGAAUAUCUUGGUCAUGAAUUAACUGUUCUUUGUGCUAAUGAUCUUAUAUGUGCUUGUAUUGAACAAGCAUGUCAACAACUUGAUUGUACACUACUUAAAACAACAACAGCAGCAAUACAAUCAUCAUUAUUUAGUUCCUUAUGUACAGGUUUAUGUGAUCGAGAAUUAGUUAUACUUAAUAAUGCAAAUCAUCCUGUAAUAAAUGAAGGUGAUUUAUUAAUUGCACUUCGAUGUAGUUCGGGUACCGUUAAUACACAAGGCUAUGUACAAUUAAAAGAUUUAUUUCAAAAGAAAAAUAUUUAUUUAAAUGAUAUUGUACCUUUUCGAACUGUUGAUGCUCCAUCAUUAUCAAAAACUAUUGCUGAACUUAUUAAAAACCGUACAAUUAAAGCUGUUAGAUAUCUUAAAGACAUUGGUCUUGCACAUAUGAUUGAAUCCUUACUUGAUUCAUUAUCAUCAACGUUAAAUGUUGAAUUAAAUGGACAACAAUGGCCUGUAAUGCCACCUCUUUUUACUUGGAUUUAUCAACACAGUGAUUUUAGUCAAGAUGAAAUGUUCGAAUAUUUCAAUUGUGAUGUUGAUUAUUUACUUCUUAUUGAUCAUACAAAAACAAGUAUUGAUGACAUUCUUCAUCAAUUAACUGAUACACAUACAUCAAGUUAUUAUCUUGGAACAUUUAUAUCAAUAAAUACAAGUCCAGUACGUAAACCAAUUCGUUUACCACAACAACCUAUUGUAAUACCACCAUGA